AUGAAUAGUCUAUAUGAAAUUCCAACAGAUAAAAACUCAUGUUGUUAUUCAGAAAAAUCAGAAAUAUUAGAAGAGCCAUCAACCUUGCCAGAAAUUUUGGGUGAACAUACAAAUUUAAAUUUAAAAGAUUAUAAAAAAAUUGUUAAAACUUGUAAUAGUUACUUUUUUCGAAGAGAUUUAUUACUUUAUUAUGUCUUUUUUUAUAUUAUUUGGGUAGUUAUGCUUAUAGUUUUAUUGGUAAUAUUAGAUAGUAAGUUUUUACCACUCAUAUUAGGGUUACCAUUGUUUUUAUUGAUAGUUCUACACAUUUUUUUAUUAAUAAGGUUGAAAAAGUAUUUAGAAAAUAUAAUUAAAAAGCUUAACAGUAAGUUUUUAGAUAAAGGAAUUAAAGUAGAAACCAAAAGCUAUUUUGUAGGUUAUGGAAAAAAAAGAAGAGGUGUAACAAGAAUAAUUAUAGCAUAUAAUGAAAAUAAUGUAAACAAGCAACAAGAUUAUACAGAUAUAAAAAAUGGUUCUCGAGAAAUUGAAUUAUCAACAUAUCAACAAGAGAACACACAAUUUAACUAUUCAUAUACUCCAGCUAUAUCUCUUGAAAAAAAAUAUGACCCUAUUAAUAAUAAAUAA